AGGAGAGAGUUCCUCCCCUCGGCCAGUCUGUGAGUGAGUGUCGAGUUGUUAGGAAGUACGCCAUGAUAGUGUAGUGAACGUUUCUCAAUCCGCCGUAGUUCUCUUGUAGUUUACCUCACCCCCUGUGUUAUCGGUUACCACGAUGCCGUGCUCAGCCGUUACCCUGUCCCUCGCUACCAUCACAGCUAUAGUGGCUACUGCCUUGCUGGCCAUCGCGUUCAGCACCGACAACUGGGUGCACAUAGAUGUGAAGCGUUCCAAUAUCAAGGCGUAUGCGGCCAAGAGGGGAGGGCAGGAGGCGCUGCUAGAAAGUAUGAACACAAAGUACUACUACUACACCAGGACCAAAGGACUCUUCAGGACAUGCUUCCCUAAGGAGCGACCUGCUACCAUUGAGACCUACCUGAGCCCUGUGGAGACACACUGUAUCAACAUAGAGUACUUCCUGGCAGAUGUAGACAACCAAACCAAAGGCUUCUCCGAGGAUGCGAUGACCAGGCUACAUAUGGGGCGAGCAGCAAUCGCUCUCUUCAUCGUGGCCUUCUUUUCAAUUUUCGUGGCUUUCUGGACAGGCAUCACGGGAUGUUGGCGACGCAGUCCAGGCAACAUAACUGCAACCGCCAUCCUUAUCCUGCUGGCAUGUUUGCUGAGUGCUGGAGCCAUGGGGUUGUGGCACGGAGUGGAAUACUAUGAGAGAGAGAGGGUAGUGGGAGAAGAAUUCUACCAACAGUGGAAUAACGUGCUGCGUGCCGAGACCAGACAAACCCAUGACUGGUCCUACGUGAUGGCCUGGACCAGCGUCGCUCUCACCUUCAUCUCCUCAGUGAUGUUCUUCUGUGCCGCAUACUGCAUGCGCUCAGAGCGCCGGCAGGAGGCUGCCAAGAACGUGCAGUAUAUCAUGCCAGUUUACCCUCAGAAGCAGCAGUACGCAUACGCCGGCUAUCCUGCACCCACCGCGUACCCAGGACCUUACUACCAUGGCUCACAGUAUGGCCCCUACAACUACUGAAAACGAGACACUUAUGGGUUCCGAGAACUGUGCUCCAAAGCUACUGAAUGUGAACAACUGAUUGUAUCUCAGAGCUGCCUUUGGACACAUCAUAUAUUAUAUUUAAUUAGGAAAAGCAUUUUGUGUUAAUUUAAAAUUAUACAUAACACAUUUUUGAUUUGGACAUAAUAUCCUGUCAUUGUGAUUUUUGUAUCAUUACUAUGCAAACCAUUUUUGGAAAAAAUGAAUUUGGAUAGUUAAUUUAUUUAAUGUUGUAUUAACAGGAAAACUACUCAUCAUUCUGUGAAUAAUGGGUUUACUUGCUAUUUAAUAAAAUCAAAUAAUAUAAAACUUUUUUUAAAUUUAAUAUAAAGUUUCAAGAAUUGAUAUUUUCUUGGUGUGUAACAGGCAUACAAAAAUACAACUUGUGAAUCAUAACGGAUAUUGUAACUUCAAACUAAAAUUUGAAUAAUUUUCAAACAUAAAUUAGAUUUUAAAUUAAAUAAUGUAUAAAUUAAGUACUACGCUAUAGUAUGUAAGUUUUAUUAGAUUUGAUGUAAACUAUAUGUGGUUAUGAAUUAUUACAAAAAUAAAGAAGUACUAAUUUAAGCUAUCAACAUUCAUGAAAUAUAAAUUGUUACUUUAAAUUUCAUUAGAUUCCAUCCUAAUAAUUGAACCAAUUUUCAAGAGUGUAAUGUAUUUAAAACUAAAUGUAUUUCUUUCAAUAAAUCUGAAGUAAGCAAUAAUGUUGAUAUUAAAUAACUGUGAUGAAGAAAUUAAUAUACAAAGAAAUAUAAAUAAGAAAUAUACAAAAAAAGAUACAAAUUACCUUGAAUGUUGAGUAAAGAUAUUUACUUCUGAAAUAAAUAACUGAGCUGAUAUAUUUUCUGAAAAUAGUUGUUUUCAGCUAUCUAUUUAUUUUGUACCAUAUUAUAACAUUAGUGUUAAGUAACUUUAGUGUAUUUUUAGCUAGUGUACAGACGAGUAUCUCUUGAAACUAUUUGCUCACUCAUGAAGAAGCAGUAUUUUUAUCUAUAGAUUAUUUAUCUACUGUUCUGUUUAUUAUAAGUAUAAGUGCUUUUAUAUGUAACAUUGUGUACAGAGACCAAAUAAUAACAAGUAAUUCUUUUACAUCACAAAAAUCUGAAUUAAUUGUUAUUCUUUAUUAUUGUUAUUUUCAACCCAGAAAAUAUUUAAAAACAACGAUUGUAAACUGGAUACAAAUAAAUUAGUUUUUUAUUU